CCACCUUGCCGGUUGGCCUGUCUCUGGUCCUUCAGUUCUCUGGCUCCAGGCGCCUCAGUUGGUUCACACAAUGGCCUCCUGCUGGCAGGGCCUGUGGGCCUAUCGCUCCUACCUGCUUGCAUUACUUCUGCCCAUUUUGCUACUGCCUCUGCCCAUCCUCGUUCCCACCAAGGAAGCCUACUGUGCCUACACCCUCAUCCUCAUGGCCCUCUUCUGGUGUACUGAGGCUCUGCCCCUGGCUGUCACUGCCUUCUUUCCGCUCUUCAUGUUCCCUCUGAUGGACAUCAUGGAAGCCUCUGAGGUCUGCCUUGAGUACCUCAGGGACACCAAUGUCUUGACAAUGGGGGGGUUGAUGGUGGCCGCUUCUGUGGAGCACUGGAACCUGCACAAACGCAUCGCCCUCCGGGCACUCCUCCUCAUUGGAGUGCGCCCCGCCCUGCUGAUGCUGGGCUUCAUGGUGGUCACGGCCUUCCUGUCCAUGUGGAUCAGCAACACGGCCACCUCAGCCAUGAUGGUGCCCAUUGCGCGUGCAGUCCUGGAGCAGCUGCACAAUACACAAAAGGACAUCAGAGGAGACAAUGACAACCCCACCUUUGAGCUCCAGGAACCCUGUCCCCAGAAGGAGGUGACCAAGCUUGAAAAUGGACAGGUCGAAACUGCUCCUUCAGAGCCAAGUACCAAGAGGCUCAAGGAGGAGAUCCGCUUCACCCAGGGCCUGACCCUGUGCGUCGCCUACUCGGCCAGCAUCGGGGGCACUGCCACACUGACCGGCACCACGCCCAACCUGGUGCUGCAAGGCCAGAUGAAUUCGAUCUUCCCCCAGAACCCUAACAUCGUGAACUUUGCCUCCUGGUUUGGCUUCGCCUUCCCCACCAUGGUCAUCUUGCUGCUGCUGUGUUGGAUAUGGCUACAGAUUCUCUUCUUGGGUUUCAACUUCAAGAAGAACUUUGGCUUUGGAGAUCAGGGCAAGGAGAAAAAGCAGGCAGCCUUUCAAGUCAUCUACACGCAACACAAGCUUCUGGGCCCCAUGAGCUUUGCUGAAAAGGCUGUCACUGUCCUCUUUGUCAGCCUGGUGGUUCUCUGGUUCACCAGAGAGCCAGGCUUCUUCCCUGGCUGGGGUAAUCUGGCUUUUGCCAACAGCGAGGGGGAAAGCAUGGCAUCUGACGGAACCGUGGCGAUCUUCAUCGGUGUAAUUCUAUUCAUUGUGCCAUCUGAGUUCCCAGGCCUGACCCAGGACCCAGAAAACCCAGGAAGGCUGAAGGCCCCUCCUGCCCUCCUCAACUGGAAGACAGCCAACGAGAAGAUGCCCUGGAACAUCCUGAUGAUGCUGGGGGGUGGCUUUGCCCUGGCCAAAGGUAGUGAGAGAUCCGGCCUGUCGGACUGGGUGGGGGACAAACUGUCUCCACUGCACCACGUGCCACCUCCUGCCAUUGCCAUCAUUGUCUGUCUCCUGACUGCCGCCUUCACCGAGGGCAUUAGCAACGUGGCCACCACCACCCUCUUCCUGCCCAUCCUGGCCUCCAUGGCCCAGUCCAUCUGCAUCCAUCCGCUCUACGUCAUGCUCCCUUGCACCUUGGCCUCCUCCCUGGCCUUCAUGCUGCCUGUGGCCACCCCGCCAAAUGCCUUGGUCUUCUCCUUCGGGGAUUUCAAAGUGACCGAUAUGGCCCAGGCUGGAUUCCUGCUCAACAUCAUCGGGGUGCUGGUCAUCAUGCUGGCCAUUAACAGCUGGAGCAUCCCCAUAUUCAACCUGCACACCUUUCCGUCCUGGGCCCAGUCAAACUUCACCCACUGCCUCCCUGGACAUACCAAUUCCACCAUACCCAGCCCCUAGGCUGGGGUGCAGCCUGGCCAAGCCCACCUGCAUCCUGCUCCUCUGAGCCAAGAGGAGACACUCCAAGCCCCAAGCCCAGGGCCAAGAGCCAGGAGGAAGGUCCGUGUGUGUACAAUCUCAUACAUGUCCAUGAGAAGGCAUGUGCACCCUCUCCAGAGUGUCAGAGGAAAAUGAGUGUGUCUGCAUUUGUGUGUACAUGCAUGUGUACAAACGAGAGCAUCCUGUGGGACUUCGUGUGCAGGCAUGACAGUGUACAUGUGCAUCUUCAGAAAACACACAUGUCCUUCCUUGUCUUCCCAGCUUGGGAACCAGACUCUUUUGCACAUAUUUAUUGAAACUUGGGGUUAGAGUGGCCCUGGAAGCAAGCCUGCCAUGGGCCCAGCCUCUGGGACUCCAGCCCAGCCUCCCCAGGGUUUGGGAAGGGUUCAGAUGUCAGCCACAUUAAAGCGUUUUUCAGUAGA